AUGGAACUUGGAUGUGGAUUAAAAGAGAGGGAGAUGGAACUUAGAUGUGGAUCAUCGGCGGAAGCACGAGGAAGGGUUAAACAUUGGCUGGUGUUGAAAGAAGAGCAGAACGACGGGAAAUAUAGAACAAAGUGUUGCGUUGUAUGCAAAGAAACCGUGGAAUCAGGUCCAAGACUUGGCUGCUCGCAGUGCGAGGAUAUCUACCAUGACGGUUGUGUUUUUUCUGCGUUACCAGACCAAGAAAUUGUGCACCCUUUUCACCAUGAGCACUCUCUUUAUUUAUGCGACCAAAUGCACUUUGAUGCUACUGAAUUGAAAUUUGUAAAGAUCCACCAUGAAGAUCACAUACAUCCGUUGGUCUUAAUUGAAAAUCAUAGCUAUAAACCUGAACAAGCUGUUUGCUAUUGCUGUUCGGAACCAUUAGUAGAUUCUAUAUUUGUUUGCAUUGACUGCAAAUUUUACCUUCACAAGAAUUGUGUUUCACCUGUUAAAAUAAGUCACCCCUGCCACCGCAAACACUCUCUUCUUCUUCAUGUUGCCGCCGCAUUUGAACCAGUUUUUUGUAAGGUAUGCCAAAGAACAGAGAGCAGGCAACUAUUUUACCGUUGUUCUCCAUGCAACUUUAAUCUUCACACUGAAUGUGUUUCACCAUCCCCGUUUGUUGAUAAUGCAAGUCAUGAGCAUCCAUUCACCUGUUUGUUAAGGCACCAAUCAUUCAUUUGUGAUGCAUGUGGCACCCAGGGGGAUUGUGCUCCCUAUCACUGCCAUACAUGUAACCUUCUAGUGCAUAAGGAAUGCAUUUCGUUGCCACGCAGAUUCAAAAUUACACGACAUCAUCAUCUUCUUUAUCAUACGUAUUUUCUUGAAGAACAUGAAUUUAAAAAGUGGGACUGCAAAAUUUGUCAUAACGAGGUGAAUGCAGAACAUGGGAGUUACAAUUGCUCGCUCUGCAAUUAUGUUGUUCAUGUGAAUUGUGCAAACGAUGUCGCUGACUUGGAUGGCUUGAUUAUGACGAGAAGCAAAGAUAAGAGGCCCUGUAAGAACUCAGCAUUCUUGUUUGAUGAAUCAAUCUCAUUUAUUGUUAUCAAGGAGGUCGAAUUUGAGGGGCAUAAAAUAGCGAAAGAGAUCAGACAUUUCAGCCAUGUGCAUGACUUAGCAUUAACUGGUGAGAUUGGGGAUGACAAACGUUGUGACGGCUGUAUGCUAUCCAUUUCAACUUCAUCUUAUGGAUGUUCGCUUUGUGAUUUCUUUCUUCACAAGUCUUGCGCUGAAUUGCCAAGGGAAAAGCACCACUGGCUUCAUGAACAUCCCUUCAAACUCUCCUCAGACACCAUCUUCAAAUGUAAUUGGUGUCAUCAUGAGAGCAGUGGUUUAUCCUACUAUUGUGGUAAAUGUGAUAUGAACCUUUGCCUUCGAUGUGAAAGAAUAUCUGAGGAAUAUACAAUUCAAGCACAUGAACACCCCCUCGUGUUUUAUCACAACUAUGACGGGGAGUGCAAUGCUUGUGGUGAUCAUAUAGAUUAUGCAUUCAAAUGCAAGGAUUGUGAUUUUGCUUUGGAUAUUCAAUGUCUUAGUUUGCCAUAUUCAAAGCAACAUAAAUGUGAUCAACAUCCCCUCAUACUCACUUAUCACGAUAGUAAUGAUGCUUUGUCAAAUUGUUAUUGUGAUAUCUGUGAAGAAGAAAGAGAUUCAAAUCGAUGGUUUUACCGUUGUGCAAUUUGCAAUACCUCUGUUCAUCCUAAAUGUGUUCUUGAAAAGUACCAAUUUAUCAAGUUAGGAAGCUAUUACAGAGAUGAGCAUCCACAUCUACUUACUUUUGUUCAGAAGAUUUACUACUACCCUAAAUGCUUCAAGUGUGACAAACCUUGUCUGGAUUUGGCUCUUGAAUGCAUAGAGUUUGGGUGUAAGUAUGUUGUCCAUUGGGAAUGCAUAAAACCUUCUCGACUCUGCUUCACAGGGAAGAUGGGAAGGAAAAGGGAAGAUGGAAACCAAGAAGAAGACUGAAUUGGUUCGAGUUCUUACUAGCUUCCUUAGUUACUAUGCAAGUUGGAAUAAGCUUCCUGGAUUCAUGUCAGGCUCGGGGGUAUCUUUUAUUUCGAUGAGAUUGAUUAAUUAUGUAGUUGUGUUUCUUAAUGUUUAAAGCUAUUGAUUUGUGUCAUAACCAUAAAACUUUAAGAUAUUCGUCUUGUUUUCGAGCUUUAUUGCAACUUCAAUGAAUAAAUCGAG